CGCGCAGAAUGAUAUCUGUCAAGUAGCUUAGCUAUUGAGCGCCCAGGCUUCGGCUGAACCUGUGGGGCGCUGCCCGGGCAAGGAUUCUCUGCGACUCUUGGUCUGGUUUUCAUCCUUACGGGGAAUAAAUCUCUCGAUACUAACUGGCUUGCUGCCGGAAAGGGGACAGUUAUUCCAAGACCCACUCAUCUUCCAGUGGACACCGAGCCUAGCAUUUGAAUCGUCCGCAGUUUGCCAGUUUUACCAGGGGUCUGCGACAUUGAAACAUGGCUAAUGGACAGGACCGGGUAGUAGCUCUAGUGGACAUGGACUGUUUUUUUGUUCAAGUAGAGCAGCGGCAAAAUCCUCAUUUGAAGAAUAAACCUUGUGCAGUCGUACAGUACAAAUCAUGGAAGGGUGGUGGAAUAAUUGCAGUGAGUUAUGAAGCUCGUGCAUUUGGGGUCACUAGAUACAUGUGGGCAGAUGACGCGAAGAAGUUAUGCCCAGAUCUUCUACUGACACAAGUUCGUGAGUCCCGUGGGAAAUCUAACCUCACGAAGUACCGGGAAGCCAGUGUGGAAGUGAUGGAGGUAAUGUCUCAUUUUGCUGGGAUUGAACGUGCCAGCAUUGAUGAAGCUUUUGUAGACCUAACCAGUGCUGUACAAGAGAGACUACAAAAGCUGCAAGGUCAGCCUAUCUCUGCAGAUUUGUUGCCAACCACCUACAUUGAGGGGUUGCCCCAAGACCCUACAACAGCAGAAGGGACUGUUCAGAAAGAGGAAAUGCGAAAACAAGGCUUAUUGCAAUGGCUUGAUUCUCUUGAGACUGAGAACACCACCUCUCCAGACCUGCAGCUCACCGUGGGAGCAGUGAUUGUGGAAGAAAUGAGAGCAGCCAUCGAGAGGCAGACUGGUCUUCAGUGUUCAGCUGGAAUUUCACACAAUAAGGUCCUGGCAAAACUGGCUUGUGGACUAAAUAAGCCCAACAGCCAGACGCUGGUCUCACACAGGUCGGUCCCACAGCUCUUCAGCAACGUGCCUAUUAACAAAGUCCGUAAUCUCGGAGGAAAGCUGGGAGCUUCUGUCAUUGAAAUCCUGGGGGUAGAGUACAUGGGUGAACUGACCCAGUUCACUGAAUCCCAGCUCCAGAGUCAUUUUGGGGAGAAGAAUGGAUCUUGGCUAUAUGCCAUGUGCCGUGGAAUUGAACAUGAUCCAGUUAGACCCAGGCAAAUUCCCAAAACCAUUGGCUGCGGCAAGAGCUUCCCAGGAAAAACAGCUCUGGCUACCCGGGAACAGGUACAAUGGUGGCUUUUGCAAUUAGCCCAGGAAUUAGAGGAAAGACUAACGAAGGACCGAAAUGAUAAUGACAGGGUAGCCACACAGCUGGCCGUGAGCAUUCGUGUACAAGGAGACAAACGUCUCAGCACUCUGCGCCGCUGCUGUGCCCUUACCCGCUAUGAUGCUCACAAGAUGAGUCAUGACGCGUUUGCUGCCAUCAGGAACUGUAAUACUUCAGGAACACAAACCGAAUGGUCCCCUCCCCUCACAAUGGUUUUCCUCUGUGCUACCAAAUUCUCUGCCACUGCCCCUUCGUCUUGCACAGACAUCACCGUCUUCUUGAGUAAUGACUCGGGUUCUCUGCCAAAGGUGCCAGUUGCCAGUCCAGAAACUAAGACCCAGGGAAGUGGCCCAUCGGUGACAGCCACUAAGAAAGCAGCCACUUCUCUGGAAUCAUUUUUCCAAAAAGCUGCAGAAAAGCAGAAAGUCAAAGAUGCUUCACUUUCAUCCCUUACUGCCACUUCCCAGGCCCUCAAGAGCAAUUCACCACUGAAGCUCUCCUUACCUUUCCAAACCAGCCGUACUACAGGAAUUGGGCCCUUGUUUAAGCAGAAAAGUUUGCUUCUGAAGCAGAAACAGCUUAAUGUUCCUUCGGUUGUCAUUCCUCCACAGAAUUUGCAGUCUAGCCCUAAAAAGUUAUCAAAAUAUUUUCCAACAAAGUAUCCAGAUUCUGCCCCCGUCUGUGAAGGGGUUUUGAAGCUCCAAUCCUUUAAAGCAACUCCUGCAGAGAUGGAUUUGGCCCAAAACAGCCAGAGCAGGCUUGCCUCUUUAACCUCCCAGUCUGCUCCAGAGGAGGCUCAGAAGGCAGCUACCACCCCAAGCCUGCUGGCUACUGAGGACCAAGUGCCCUGUGAGAAGUGUGGCUCUCUGGUACCUGUAUGGGAGAUGCCAGAACAUAAGGACUAUCAUUUUGCACUGGAGCUGCAGAAAUCCUUUUUGCAGCCCCACCCCUCACACCCCCAGGUUGUUCCUGCCAGUUCUCCUCAAGGGAAAAGAAAUCCCAAGAGCCCUCUGGCCUCUAGUAAUAAACGCCCCAGGCCUGAGGGCAUGCAGACCUUGGAAUCAUUUUUUAAGCCAUUAACACCCUAAGUGCUGUCCUCAGGCUUGCUGCAAUGUUUUAAUAUUUUAUCUAUAACCUGGGAAAUGGAAAUAUGUUUACUUUUUAAGGAAAUUCAUAACUAUAAAAAUUUUAUAAGAAAAAUAAUUCAGUUAAAUGCUGAGUGUAGGCUCUUAUCUCUUCAUGGGCAUGGAUUCUAAUUUCACUGCAAAUAGAAAUGUAAAAAUUUGUCUCCCAGAGAUACAACUGCCUUGCGUUUUUAAUCAUGAAGUGUUUAGGAAGGCAGUGUCAUGUAGUCAAAAAUGUGUGGGCCUUGGAGCCUUGGAGAUCUGGUUCUAGACCUGACACUGCCUCCUGUAUUGUAGUAUAUGGCCUGGAGCUAGUCACUUUCCUCACUCUUCCUCAUCUUUGAGAUGAACAGAAUUGAGAUAAUGCCUUACAGAUUACUGAAGAUUAAGAAUAAUUUCUUAAAGUACUAUAGCACAGAAGGAACUGAGUAAAAAAGUUUUUGUUCUCCCUUCCUCUGUGAUGGGCUACUCAGUAGAUACUGAACUUCAUACAAGCAAACUGUGUGGACAGCCAGUUUUAGCCAUUGGCCCUUCUGCCUCUUGCAUCUUGUUCUAUGUACAAGAUUGUUACUGGACCACUGCAGGAACCCUGCUUAGACCGGGUAGUCAUGACCAGAACUAGAUUACCUCCAGAACCCUGCUGCUCGUGUGAUGCUGAGCAGCAGCAGCAGCAGCACCAGGGAACUUGUUAAAAUUGUCUCAGCUUCACCUCCGCCCCAGCUGAAUCAGAAUCUGUAUAUUAACAAGAUUCCUCAGGGUGUAUCUUCAAGUUUCAGAAAUACUGAUCUAGAAAAUACUAACAGCUGGCCAGGUUUGUAGAGAGCAUUUUGUUAAACCCUAGACUACAAAUUUAAAGGGUAAGUACUUGGGCCUUUGGGGUCAGUGGUGUGCUCACCUCUUCCCUGUUUAAGUGACCAUUUAGGUUUUCCCUGUUUAGUGACCAUAGCUUAGGGUUUUAAAUUGCUGUAGUUUUUUGCACUUAUCUGCAUUUAUAGUGCUGUAUUUUUCAUCUCUGCUCUUAUAUGUGGAAAGUUAGCCUUUUUUUUUUCUUUUCUGAUAUGGAGGACCUUGAAUAAAACUGAAGAUGAACCAAAUUACAUGGUAGUGAAGUAGUGCAGAAGUAGGGACAAGGGUGCACAUAUUUCCCCUCAGAUACAUCUA